AGUGAGUUAUUAACUUGCUAGGUUGCCAUAUAAAGCAACUGUUCGCUUUGUUCCGUUAACAUUUUUCUCUGCCCAUUUUCAACCAAAACUUGCAUCUUCCUUUCGCCAUUGACCCGUCAAAAUCCCUACUUUUGACUGAAUUUGUUGAUACAUCUCCUUCGUCUUGAGAGAUGGAGAAAGCAUCACCAUUAUCACUCACUGAGAAACUUCUCAUUGAAGAGAGAGGAGAAGCUAUGGUUUCUGAGGAAGGCCGUUCCUUGAGAAAAACCCAUUUUCUAAAACUUAACGGCUCUGUAGCCGAGCUUCCCCGUCGUGAAGAUCAACAACGUCUCUCUGAUUCUUGUUUGAGUGAUUCCUCCUCUGGGUUUUGGGUUGCAGAUCAUCAUUUCUUCCUAUCUUGGCUUGGAAAAAUGGAAGCUUUACAUGAACCCAUUUGGAAAAAAGCUGGGAUUUUUGAGGCAAUCAAAGCAUCCACUUACAAAAUCACAAAAGACCCGUCUUUGAUUCUCUCAGUUGCUGAGAAAUGGUGUUCUGAAACCAAAUCUUUCGUCUUUUCAUGGGGUGAAGUAACUAUCACGUUAGAGGAUGUAAUGGUGCUUCUAGGGUUCUCUGUUUUGGGUUCUCCUGUUUUUGCUCCUUUAGAAUGCUCAGAGAUGAGAGCUUCCGCAGAGAAACUGGAGAAAGUAAGACGAGACAGUGUUGGCAAGGCUAAGCGAGUGAGCCAAAGAUCAUGGACUUCAAGCUUCAUGGGUAGAGGUGGUCAGAUGGAGCAUGAAGCUUUUCUUGUAUUGUGGCUUUCACUUUUUGUUUUUCCAGGUGACUGCUGUCGUUCUAUAUCUAGAAAUGUAAUCCCUAUCGCUGUUCGUUUAGCUAGCGGUGAAAGGAUUGCUCUUGCGCCUACUGUUCUCGCAUUCCUAUACAAAGAUUUGGGUCGAAUCGCUAGAGGAAAAUGUGCUGGGAAAGUUAGUUUGAAGUCUUUGUUUAAGUUAGUACAAGUUUGGACAUGGGAGAGAUUCAGGAACAUCGGACCAAAACCUAAAGAUAUACCCGUAGGUGAACCAAGAAUAGCUCAGUGGGACAGUCUCAUACAAAGAUCUAAGAAUGUGAGAUUGUAUUUUGAUGAUUUUGACUGGCGUCCUUACACUAAACCGUUGAAGAACUGGAACCCACUUCGGUUUUACGUUGAAGAAGCUAUGUGGGUGACUGUUGAUGACAAUGUUGAUGAUGAAUUUGCUUCUUUUGCUCGAUGUGUGAAAGUUUCAUACCUUGCUGGAAAAGGUUUUGUAGAGGCUUACUUCCCGCAUCGAGUGGCGAGGCAGUUUGGUUUGGCUCAAGAUCUUCCUGGUUUGGUUACUCGUCGUAGAAAAUUCACAGAAAAGGAGGCUUGGGAUGAUUACAGUAAGUCUGUUGAUGGUCUAAAGCUCUACAUGCCUUCACGACUUGAUCGAGGUUCUGUGACAGCCAGAUACCAAGACUGGUGGUUGAAAUCAGUUUCAGACUUUCUUGGUUCUGAAGAGAUGCAGAAAGAAUCGACUGAAGCUUCUGAUGCAAGGAAUACAUUUGAUCAUCUUGGUAAAGAUGGUGAUGAUGGUGAUAUUCAUGUAUCUCCCAAGGUACUUCCUUUGAGUCAAGUAGUUCAGAAGUUGGAAAAAGGAUUUCCUGCAAAACGCAGAAGAUCGAGGAAGCAUAGGUUACCAAAGAGAUAUAAGAUAUCUGAGUCUCUGCAGAUGAAGCGAGCUCGUGAGGAUGAUUAUGAGAGUUCUACGGAUAAAGAAGAUGAUUGCAUGACCGUUGCUCAAUUGAUCAGAUCUAGGAACAAGUUUAGUGAUGUAGAGAAAACUGGAGGUGAUGCUUCUGAAAUACUUGGAAAAAGAGGUAGAAGAUAUAUGCUGGUGGCUAGCGAUGAUGAUUCAGGGCCUUGUCAAAAGCAUGCUUCGAUGGAAGUAGAGCAAAGGAGUGUAGAGGAUGAUGGAACUGCUAAAAAAACAGAGAAUACAAGGCAAACAUGUGAUGCUAUAAACGGAAGUAAAAAGAAGACUAUGAUCGAUGAUGCAACCAAGGAAGAAGAGUCUUGGCUACAUGAAGAUAGAGAAAUGAAGAAGAGAUGCAUCGGAAAGUUUUGCAGUGAAGUUAAAAAGGAAGAUGAUAUUGACGAAAGAUUAAGGCAGAGAAAGCUUGCAAUAGAUAAGAUAGCAUUGGAGCUGGAGACACGUAUUAUCAAGAUGGAGAAGAGUUUGGCAGAGAUUAGAAAAUGGAAAACCAGAGGAAACCAGUCCAAACCUAGAUUUCUGCUGAGCUAGUUUAGUUAUGCCAUUUGAUCUGAAACUUCUCAUGAGGAUCUCAAUGGAAACAAAACAAGAGUGUCAUUCUCUGGAGAGAAUUGUUCAACUUUUGUGUAGUCGAUUAUUAAAGUUAAGUUGGUCAGUCUUCAAAGACUUGUGUUUAAGGUAACAAUAUCUUCCACAUACGUAAUAGCCUACAAAACUUGCAAAAGCGUUUUCUUGGGCCAAAAACAACCUACAUUUGUGGGUGUCCUAUUUAGCUCCAUAAAUGUACUCCCUCCAUUUUUACAAAGUAGAUGUUUUAGAAAAUAAAUUUGUUUCAUUAAGUAGAAAAUUUUGUAUAUCCUAUGCAAAAACUUGUGUAACAUUUUCUGUUUUGUCCCUAUUGGUUAGACUUAAGAUUGAAACGAAAUUUUUUAUAUUUAUGUUUUUUGUUAAGUUUGGACUAAUCUCCUAACUAUGUGAAAACCAAAUCUAUCUUCUUAUUACUAAGUAUUUCAAGAUCUUUACAACUACAAAUUAUGAGUAAAAAUACUUUUAACCAUUUGAGAGUUUGGUUACUGUUUCAAAUGAUAAGGUAUGAAAAAAUUGAUGUACAGUCAGCAUUUGAAAUUAGUGAGGACUUGCUCGUUUAAAGCAACUGUUUUUUUUGUCUCUCUGCCCAUUUUGAACGGAAAACUGCAUCUUUCUUUUUCCGUACAUCGCAAUUCAUCCGUCACAAUCCCUAGUUUUUCGCCUGAAUCUUUUGCUUUUUCGCCAACGAUGAAGAAUGCAUUACCCUCACCACUAACAGAAGAGAGAGAAGAAGUGAUGGUUGAUGAGAAAG